AUGCCCCCAUCUUCCCUCCUAAUAACAGUUGGCUCCACUCUCUUCCCAGCCCUCACCGACCCCCUCCUCUCGCCCUCUUUUCUGUCUUCGCUUUCAGGGUUGGGCGUUGGGAGGAUUGUGGUGCAGUAUGGGGGUGCGGAGUUGCCGGCCGAGUUCCUUCAUGCGCUCCAACCCCAGUCACGAUCACCAUCACCAUCUCCUGAUGAAGAGCAAUGGCGAGGGGUGGAUGCUCAAGGAAAAGGCAAGGGAAAGAUAGGAGAUGUGCAAGUCGAGGUGAUGCGGUAUACAGAUGAUUUUGAGGGGUUGGUAGGUAGCGUGGAAGCUGUGAUCAGCCAUGCUGGCUCAGGCUCGAUCCUCACCACCCUCCGCUCCCGUCCCCCCAAACCACUCAUGAUAGUCCCCAACACGGGGCUCAUGGAUAAUCAUCAAGUCGAGCUUGCGGAGGCGUUGGGGAGGGAUGGGUUUUGUGCGGUUGCGGCGGUCAGCGAACUACAAGAACAAAUACCCCUCUUUCUCCAAAAGACCGAUGCUCUCAAGACAUUCCCCGAGAGAGAUACACAUGCCUUCUCAAAUGUUGUGGACGAAGUCAUGGGGUUUGUAUGA